AUUGCCACGCCAUCGUGUGACGUGCUGUCCUAGACCUGUGUACCCACGUGUGGAGCUGCCGGGAGGUACCGGUGAGCCGCGGUUCGGCUGCCGCGGUUCCGGAAAGGGAGUCCCUGCCUCAUCAUGCCUCACAGAAAGAAAAAGCCCUUUAUAGAGAAGAAGAAAGCUGUGUCUUUUCACCUGGUCCACCGAAGCCAGCGAGACCCUUUAGCAGCAGAUGAAACUGCUCCCCAGAGAGUCCUGUUGCCUACACAAAAGGUGAAUGAUGAAGAAAGACGAGCAGAGCAGAGGAAGUAUGGCGUGUUCUUCGAUGAUGACUAUGACUACUUGCAACACCUGAAGGAGUCCUCCGGGCCCGCAGAGCUUAUUCCCAGCUCCACCUUCACCGAGUACUCCCGUGAUGAGAAAGAAGACACCUCGGUACUUUCAAGCACUGGAAUUAAGUUGCCUUCAUCAGUGUUUGCAUCAGAGUUUGAGGAAGAUGUUGGAUUGUUAAACAAAGCAGCUCCAGUUUCAGGACCUCGACUGGAUUUUGAUCCAGACAUUGUUGCAGCUCUUGAUGAUGAUUUUGACUUUGAUGACCCAGAAAACCUCCUUGAAGAUGACUUUAUUCUUCAGGCCAACAAGCCGACAGGAGAGGGGAUGGACAUGCCGGAGUCUGAGGGAGAUGACGGCGGUGAGUGGGAAGACAUGGACGAUGAGGAUGGGAGUGAUGACUGUAGCUCUGCGGGUCUUCUGUCAGACGGAGGUGACAUGUCUGUCCUCGCCUCAAGCCAAGCAGCCAUGAAAAAGCACCUGUUUUGGGAAGAGGAAACCAAAAGCCGUUUCACAGAGUACUCCAUGACCUCCUCAGUCAUGAGGAGAAAUGAACAGCUUACCCUACACGAUGAGAGGUUUGAGAAGUUUUAUGAACAGUAUGAUGACGUUGAAAUUGGAGCUCUGGAUAAUGCGGAGUUGGAAGGUACCAUUCAGGUGGACAGCAAUCGGCUGCAGGAGGUUCUGAAUGACUACUACAAGGAGAAGGCAGAGAAUUGUGUAAAAUUGAAUACUCUUGAGCCUUUUGAGGAUCAAGAUCUGCCAACAACUGAGCUUAAUGCAUCUGAAAAGGAGGAGACCAUUACUGUGGUUCUGGAGGAAGCCAAAGAGAAGUGGGAUUGUGAAUCCAUUUGCAGUACAUAUUCCAAUUUAUACAACCAUCCACAGCUCAUCAAAUAUGAACCAAAGCCAAAAAAAAUCCACCUAUCUUCCAAGACGGGAAUACCUCUCAAUGUCUUACCUAAGAAAGGCCUCACAGCGAAGCAGGUUGAACGGAUGCAGAUGAUCAACAGCAGUGACCUACCCAAGGCGUCCACCCAGCCCCGCUCUAAAAAUGAGAGCCAAGAGGAGAGAAGAGCCAGAAAACAAGCCAUAAAAGAGGAGCGGAAGGAACGAAGAGUUGAAAAGAAAGCUAACAAGCUAGCAUUCAAACUGGAGAAAAGAAGGCAAGAAAAGGAGCUACUGAACUUGAAGAAGAACGUUGAAGGCCUAAAGCUGUAGGUGUGGGACAUUCAUAUAAGCUGUAUUUCUGUGUCAGUGAUCUGUCCUCCUUAUGCUCCGAAAUUAACCAGGAUCUGAAGAGGGCUGAGCUUGCCCCUGUCGUUUUUAUAUGCAAAUAGCUGAGAAAAAUAGAGUAUUUGUAUUUUCCUACAAGCGAGGUUCUCCUAUCAGCUUUCUUGUAAAUAAUGUUUUAAAUUUAACAUUAUACACUUACAUUUCCCUGAAAUAAAUGACUUCAUGAAAGUCAAAUGUUUGGAUAAAUUAAAGGAAAAUGUCUUCAUAACAUGAACGGAAUUGGGGCGCUCAUUUAUUUGUAUGGUUGUCAGAGCUGUUGUUUGCAGAUGUUCACAGAUAUUUCUCUGAGACCUCUCCACGCCUUCCUGGGAAUUACAUGGUUUAAUUUGCCGUCUGUAGAGAAGUGAUCUGCUUAAGCUCAGUUUUGAAAUGCUGGGUUUAUUCUCAGCGGUGAGAAGAGUGUUCCUGACAAGAUUCCACGGGUAAGAAGCUGAUUUCCGUGUACACAAAACGACCCUUUCACAAGGACUGGAGAUGAGCUCUGUGGCUCAUGGUUGGGAUUUCCUGUCCUGAGAGCAGAUGGCUUUGUCCCUUUGGGGCUUAGGAACAGCAGAACUGGGGCAAUCAAGACUACUUACUUCACUGUAACCUAGAAAGUUGCUCUUUCCAAGACUGUCUAAUGUUUGGAACCAUCCAUUGUUUAUUACAAUACACACUCAAAAGUUUCCAGGUUUUGAUGAGAUGUUCUUGUUUUUACAUCUACAGACUGAUUCAAGGUUUAGGCAAUGACUACAUCAUAAUAUCCAUUAUUUGGUAAACUGUGACUUCUAACUGGCCUUUGCUCAUUUGCCCCUGACCAGUGUGGACUCUGUUGGUCAGAGUGAGGGACUGAAUGGCUGAGGCACAGCUGGUUGUGGCAGGUGAGGAUGCUUGGUGCCAUCUGUUAGUUUAGUAUGUCUUUUCCAAAGCUGAUCGGUGUUAUCUUGUUCUAAGUUUUAUUCAUUUAAAUCUAAAUAAUUGUAUUUCUCUUAGAGUUUUGAGCAGUAAUAGCUGAAUUCUAGUAUGUAAACCCUUAACAACAAAAAUAAAACUGCAUAGAGUUUGUCAUU